AUGCAAUUAGAAUUGCUCCGUGAGUCAGUAAAAAAAAUCAAGAAGAUAAUGGAGGAAAUUGGGUUUUUGGGAAUGGGAAUAAUGGGGAAAGCCAUGGCCAUGAACUUGCUUCGCAAUGGAUUUAAGGUCACUGUUUGGAAUCGCACGCUUUCUAAGUGUGAUGAGCUAAAAGAGCAUGGUGCUUCUGUAGGGGAAAGUCCUGCAGCAGUUGUAAAGAAGUGCAAGUACACAAUUGGAAUGCUAUCUGAUCCUCCUGCAGCUCUUUCUGUGGUGUUUGAUAAAGGUGGUAUUCUUGAGGAAAUUAGCAGUAGAAAAGGUUACAUUGACAUGUCAACAGUUGAUGCUGAAACUUCUUCUAAAAUCAGCGAGGCAGUAAUAGCGAAAGGUGGUUCUUUUCUUGAAGCUCCAGUCUCUGGAAGCAAAAAACCUGCUGAAGAUGGACAAUUGGUCAUCCUUGCUGCUGGUGAAAAGGGAUUGUACGAGAAAAUUGUUCCUGCUUUUGAUGUAUUGGGGAAGAAGUCGUUUUUCUUGGGAGAGGUUGGAAAUGGAGCAAAGAUGAAACUUGUAGUUAAUAUGAUCAUGGGAAGUAUGAUGAACGCUUUCUCAGAGGGACUGGUUCUUGCUGACAAAAGUGGACUCAGCCCUAAAACUCUUCUAGAUGUAUUGGAUCUUGGUGCAAUUGCCAAUCCAAUGUUCAAAAUGAAAGGACCUUCAAUGAUCCAAAACAGUUACAGCCCUGCAUUUCCAUUGAAACAUCAACAGAAGGACAUGAGGUUGGCUCUUGCUCUUGGUGAUGAGAAUGCAGUAUCAAUGCCCGUGGCAGCUGCCGCCAAUGAGGCAUUCAAGAAGGCUAGAAGCGCUGGUUUAGGAGAUCUUGAUUUUUCAGCUGUUUAUGAGAUUUUCAAGUUUUCACUCACCACCACCACCAAUGUAAAGCAGGUGCUCCGGUCACCAUCUCCGGCGACCACCUGCUCUAAACUAACCGCUCCCCACCUUCUCCAAACCACUACUAAACCGCCGCCCCUCUCACUCAACAGUAGGAUCCCAAUCACGAUCUCCGACAACCAUUCUCUUUCUCUCUCGCCUGCAAUCGGCGACGACUAUCUCCGCCUCUCCGGGGAAACUGCAACUCAAUAA